GAUGCUGUUCCAAUCCAGUCUAGCGUGGUGUUAUGCUCCUGUUCAUCCCCAUCAAUGGUGAGGAAUCAAGCAGAUUCCAGCACUCCAUCUGUCAUUUCCACCUGUGGCAACAGACAGGGAUCUAACAUGGAGGGCACUGCAGCUGAAUCAAGAUCUAGUUCAAACUCCUUGCAGCAACAUACAGGACAGCAGCCUCCACAGCCUCGAAAGAAACGACCUGAUGACUUCAAAUUUGGGAAAAUUCUGGGUGAAGGAUCUUUUUCAACGGUUGUCUUGGCUCGAGAAUUGGCAAGUUCUAGAGAAUAUGCCAUUAAAAUUCUAGAAAAACGUCAUAUCAUAAAAGAAAACAAGGUUCCAUAUGUGACACGGGAGAGAGAUGUAAUGUCCCGCCUGGAUCACCCUUUUUUUGUGAAACUCUACUUCACCUUUCAGGAUGAUGAAAAGCUGUAUUUUGGGCUUAGCUAUGCCAAAAAUGGAGAGCUGCUAAAGUAUAUACGCAAAAUUGGCUCAUUUGAUGAGACCUGUACCAGGUUUUAUACUGCUGAAAUUGUAUCAGCCCUGGAGUAUUUGCAUGGGAAAGGAAUAAUUCACAGAGACCUUAAGCCAGAGAACAUCUUGCUAAAUGAAGAUAUGCACAUUCAAAUAACAGACUUUGGAACAGCAAAAGUAUUAUCUGCAGAUAGCAGACAAGCACGGGCAAACUCAUUUGUAGGGACAGCACAGUAUGUUUCUCCAGAACUGCUGACAGAGAAAUCUGCCUGUAAAAGUUCUGACCUCUGGGCUCUGGGAUGUAUAAUAUAUCAGCUUGUAGCUGGAUUGCCUCCAUUUAGAGCUGGAAAUGAGUAUCUUAUAUUCCAGAAGAUAAUAAAGUUGGAAUAUGACUUCCCAGAAAAAUUUUUUCCCAAGGCAAAAGACCUUGUUGAAAAGCUAUUGGUUCUAGAUGCUACCAACAGAUUAGGUUGUGAAGAAAUGGGAGGAUAUGGACCUCUUAAGGCUCACCCUUUCUUCGAAUCCAUUGUGUGGGAGAACCUACAUCUUCAGACACCCCCAAAACUUACAGCAUAUUUGCCUGCUAUGUCAGAGGAUGAUGAAGACUGUUAUGGAAAUUAUGACAAUCUCCUGAGUCAGUUUGGUUGCAUGCAAGUUUCUGGUUCUGCCUCUUCCCAUUCACUGUCUGCCCCAGAGACAAGUACACCGCAGACAUCAGGAGGAAAUAUUGAACAGUAUAUUCAUGAUCUUGACAACAAUUCCUUUGAGCUGGACUUACAGUUUUCUGAAGAUGAAAAGAGGUUACUUCUGGCAAAACAAGCUGGUGGAAAUCCUUGGCAUCAGUUUGUAGAAAAUAACUUAAUCCUAAAAAUGGGUCCAGUGGACAAAAGAAAGGGAUUGUUUGCACGUCGGCGCCAAUUGCUACUCACAGAAGGGCCCCACCUGUAUUAUGUGGAUCCUGUCAACAAAGUUCUAAAAGGAGAAAUUCCAUGGUCUUUAGAGUUGCGGCCAGAAGCGAAGAAUUUUAAGACAUUUUUUGUUCACACACCAAACAGGACAUAUUACCUGAUGGACCCGAGUGGGAAUGCUCAUAAAUGGUGCAAAAAGAUACAUGAAGUUUGGCGGCACAGAUACCACCAGAAUGCUGCUAAAUAGUAAAGCUCAUCCAAAAUUUCCCAGUUUCCCUACUUGCUGCUAGAACUCCGUGUGCAGCCGAUCAGAGGAAUCUUUUCAACCCACCUAUUACCAUCUCAAGGGGAAGCAUAUGUCUGAAAUGUUCUGUGUGUUUGUUUUUUUUUUUUUUAAGAAAGAAAAAGAAAAAGCAAAAAUCUAAUGGAAUUCAGGGUCGCUUUGCUCGCUCUUUGUGCUUCUGUUGAGGCUUCCACAUACAUAUCAUUGCAGUGAAGAUCUUGCUUUUGUGCACUUCAGCUCAAUUUCUGCUGCAGACUAGUGGAUAGACCUUGCAUUACCAGCUUCACUUAAGAUGAGUUAAAACCAAUCCACACGCACACAUGCUGAAUCAUGUACCAGCCUUGCAUUUUACAAGGCUGGAGUUUUCUGUGACUUUCAGAUUAUCAUUAAACUGUAUUUCAUCAGGGAGCUUUUGUAUGCCUCUCCUAAGCACCACCUCUGUCUUCUCUUCCUUUCCUCACAGUCCCCCAGCUUACUGGUACAUGGCAUUUGUAGCCAGGUCAGUUGCACCCUUGUGUAAUUCCUAAUAUAGUUCUGGUUGCAGGAUUUAUGUGGUACUUUAGUAAUUAUGUGAAUGAAUCAGAUCUAUGUAUCUGGCAGACAGGCUCCAAUGAUACAGGUUUUGAGAGAGUAAAAUGCUGAACAUGGCACUGAAAGGUUUCUAAAAUUGAAAUGUUGGCGUCUGAAGCAUAUAAGAUUUUAAACAUUCAAUUUAAAUUUUAAUUUGAAUCAUAGGUGUGUUUAACCAAGGGACAUUAAACUUACCAGCAUGCCUUUAACUAAUGCUAACUAAAAAAUUAACUAGUUAGUAUGGGGG